GGGAGUGAAUGUGGUGCCUUUUCUGGAGUUCAUUGGUUUACCAGAGAAGAUCGUUGGUCUGCUGAAUCACUCUUCUGGCGGCUAUGCCCUUACUGCCUACGCCAUGUACAAGAUUGCAACACCCGCCAGAUACACAGUGACUCUGGGUGGGACGUCCUUCUCAGUGCAGUACCUCCGUAAACACGGCUACUUCUCCACCCCUCCGCCCGUCAAAGACUACCUGCAAGACCGGAUGGAAGAGACCAGGGAGAAACUCACAGAGAAAAUGGAGGAAACUAAGGAACUGUUCUCUGAAAAAAUGGAGGAAACCAAAGAACUACUCUCGGGGAAAAUGGAAGAUACGAAAGAACGAUUGUCUGGUAUUUCUGAAAAGAUGGAGGAGACGAAAGAACGUUUCUCUGGAAAGAUGGAGGAGACGAAAGAACGUUUCUCUGGAAAGAUGGAGGAGACGAAAGAACGUUUCUCUGGAAAGAUGGAGGAGACGAAAGAACGUUUCUCUGGAAAGAUGGAGGAGACGAAAGAACGUUUCUCUGGAAAGAUGGAGGAGACGAAAGAACGUUUCUCUGGAAAGAUGGGGGAGACGAAAGACAUGUUCUCUGAUAAACUACAGGAAGCCAAAGACGAAGUGUCUUACCGAAAGAAGCUCGAUUAGUCUUGUUUACAAGUGGUUGUGAAUAAACACAUGUUUGGUGUCUUCAAUGUGGUUGGGGUUAAAGACAGAAUUAAGGCACAUAUUAUGAACCUAUUGUUGAGAGACGAAUGAGUCCAGACAUUACUGUUCUUCUGCAAUUCCUGACUGCCCCAGCUAGUACCGUUAUACCUGCUAUAAGUAGGAGGCAGGUGGAAUUUCUCAGUUGCAAUAGAAUACACUGAGGAGCAUUAUGAAUUCUGGGUAUGAAAAAUAAAAUUCCUGUUUAAUUCAUCAUCGUCCAUCAAAGCCUCAUGGAGACUGUAACUGCUUGUCUUUCAACGUUUUAAAUCACGUUUUCUAAUGUCUUUUAUCCAAUACCCAAAUUUUAAUAUAUUGUAUUAUUUUUGUGUUCCUACUACCUAAUGUCUAAUCAACUGAAAGUUGUGCAUUUAAUAGGAAGUGUGAUUACAGAAGUUGUUUGAUUGAUUCCUUAAAGGGAUACUUCUGGAUGUUGGCAAUGCAGCCCUUUAUCUACUUCCACAGUCAGAUGAACUCAUGGACAAAAUCCAGAAGUAUCCCUUUAAGUUGCUAUGUGGAUAUUACAGAAUUAUUAAACCAAAAUGCAAAAAAAUGAAAACCACAGUCUGAACAGAAGGGUGUUGGGUACUGUAGUACCAGUUAUUGGACUGUUCUGUUAAUGUCAUGUCUGGUAUGAUCACAAUUUGCAAUAAAGCAGAAUAUUGAGCUUCCAAACAUC